CUUGAGAAUGCCCUUCUCGUGUUUUAUUUCAUGCAACUUUCUGUAACGAUCCGAAUUUCGAUCUCGGAACUCGUUAGCCGGCUAAGGCCCAAGCAAUACAUCAAAACUAAAAUGUUUGUUUAUAAAUACCCCAUUUUCACAUUGUUUUCUCCACCUGCAUCAAAAAGAAAUCAGAAAAGUUAGAGAGAAGAAGAAGUGAAAAAGAGAGAGUGAGAGAAAGAAAGAUAGGAACCACUGCAUGCUGCCACCAGGAGUCCUCGCCGGAGCCACCGCACGCCAGGACAUCGUCAAGCUCGUCAUCACCAUCAACCGCAGCUGAGUAUCGUCGGAAACCGCCGCCUCUUAAGCUUUGUUUUCGUCCGUUCAGUAUAUCGGCCAUAUCUUCUUAACCGUUGAGAAUCUCGCGCAUGCAGAGCCACCAUCGUGUUCCUCUCGUCGAGACGAAGCCGUAGCCACCGACCACGCCGCAAUCGGAGUCCGGACGAAGCCGCUAGAGCAUCCGGAAGUUUCGCCUCUGUGCGCGCGUGAGUUACACGCGCCGCCGCCAGAAAUCGUCUCCGCCGCCAGACCACCACCGGAACGCCGUCGCUGUCGCCGUGCUCCGCCUUCUGUCGCCGCCGUCGUCCGCCGUCACCACCGAUUUGGAGUCUAUUUGAGCAUCUGGAGUUCAUAGAUACCACAUUUCCCUAUUGCUAAGAUGCCGCCAAGGAGAAGAACCACUCGUGCCCAGACCGCCAGAGCUGUUAGAGACGAUUUAGAUGAGCAUGAGCAGCCCGCAGUUCCGCCACCCGCGGCUCCACCAGUUGAUCAGGAUGCAUUGAGACAGAUGGUUCAGGAUGCCGCUAGACAGGCCGCUCAGGAGGCACUUCAGCAGAUUGCCCAGGAGGCAGCCAGGCAGGCCGCUCAGGAGGUUGCCCGAGUAGCUGCUCAGGAGGUUGCUCGUCAGAUGGCUGCAGUUCAGCAGGCUCCUCAGGUUCAGGUGCAGCAGGGUCCACAGAUUCAGGUUCAGCAAGUUCCACCGGUUCAGGUCCAGCAGGAUCAGCAGAUUCCCGCUCAGCAUGAUCAUCAGGAUCCCGUUCAGCAGGUUCCCCUUCCUCAGGUUCCACUGCAGCACGGACCAGCUCAGCAGUUUGCUCAUGGUGUUCAGGAUCUACCACCACCACCACCGCGACCUCAUGUUUACCCGGUUUAUGAUGAGAGGUUCUACAGGCUGACGCGUCAGAUGAGGAACAUGGAUAUGGAGCAUUUUAGUGGGACAGUGGAUGCUGUAGCUGCACAUGAUUGGAAGUUAGCCUUGCAGCGGAAGCUGGAGAUUAUUGAGUGUCCACCAGAGUUGUCGCUCAGAUUGACUAUGCAGUACCUUCGUGGAGAUGCUCUUAUAUGGUGGGAGGGAAUACGAUUGAGUCACCUUGGGCCAGAGAGGCUUACCUUCGCAGACUUCAUCCGAGAGUUCGAUAGGAAAUACUUUCCGAAGGAAGCUAUGGAUAGGAAGAAAUGCGAGUUCGAGCAUGUAAGCCAGGGUGAGAUGUCUAUCAGGGAGUAUGAGGUUGUGUUUAACCAACUUCGCAGAUUUGCUGGAGAGGGCAUUUUAGAGGAAGACCUGAUGAGAAAAUUUUUGAAUGGGAUGCGAGUGGAGAUUCGCAACAGGUGCCGUGUCGUCACUUAUCACAGAUUGGGAGAUUUGGUGGAGAAGGCUGCCGAGCAGGAGGCAGGUUUGGCAGAGGAGCAGAAGUACUCCAAGGCAGUUCAGCCUAAGUUUGGAGGGACUUCAGAGGCACAGCAGAGGACAUGGGACAAACCGAGCAUACAGUGCUUUUACUGUGGAAAGAUGGGACAUAAGAGUAGGGUUUGUCGGAGUAGGCUAUUUGAUGCUCAGGUUGCGCCACCAGUCAGACAGAUUGCAGCACCAGCAGCACCAGCAGCGGCACAUGUCUGCUUUGGCUGUGGUCAUCCAGGUCACUUCAUCAGAGAUUGCCCGAGGAGGGGCAAUGCGGCACUUCCACCACCACCGAAGCGUCUAGCCAUCGCUCCACGUGCGUUUGCGGUUGGAGAUCCCCAUGGAGCUGAGCCGAUAGCGGGUGAGACCGACGAGCAGGAGUGAUUAUCGGACCGGUGCUAUUGGACUUUUGGGCUUCUAUCGCUUUUAUCGUUAUCGGGAUUUUAGGCCUUUGGGCUUUUAUCGUUUAUGUUAUUUCCUAUUUCAGACUUACGAAUUUAUGUUGUCUUUAUAUUUCGGACUUAUACCGUUAUCUAUAUUUCGGAUGUUAUUUUAUAUUAUGGAUUUACAGCGUGGACGUUGACUUUUAUAUUUAUAAAUGAAGAUUUCAGAAACUAUUAUUUAUCGCAUCAUUUUUAUUAUUAUUUCGAAAGUGACGGGCGUCACACUUUCUUUGAACUCUUAAAAUCUGCUCUCAAAUAAAAAUUGUCACACUGUGAGUUUAUAUCCAAAAAAAAAAGCGUGUCUACAUUGUCACUGUUGUAAUUGAAGAUUCAGUUACACACGAGAACCUUAGCGAGCACCACUCUUUUACCCGGAAGCCACAGCACCAACAGCCUUCAGCAAUCUCUCUCAUGCAUCACAAAGUUUCUCCUCUAUCCUCUGUUUUGUACUUGCAAAGAAAAAGACAGAUAGUGUCUUAACUGAGCAAAACAUGGGUAACACUCAUACAUGUUCCCUAUUUAAUCUCAAAACUUCGAACUCAUACUAUUCGAAAAUGACGAACACACAUCAUUCAAAAUAGAUAGAGAGAUACUUUGAAAUAUUAAGUUUCUCGGAAGAGUAAUAAGGUUGUCAUGAAGCGACCAAGAAUAUUUCUCAAAACCAUAAGCUAUUUGCUCACAUUAUUUUUAGGCCACUCUUAUCAUAUUUAUGAUAUUUAUUUGGGAUCCUUUCUUUAAUCCCUAACUAGUAUCUCGUUUCUGUGAAAGACAAUUCUUCAUAUGAGAUCCUCAAUAUAGUUCAUGAGAUUUAAGUUGUUCUACUAAUUUAAUAACUGUUAAUGUAAAUGAUUACCAUCUGAUAACUUUCUAUGUGGUGGAAAGCUGCUGAGAAACUUUUUCAUGCUAUAACCUGAUUCCGUGAGCUUUCAUUGGUUUGUUCUCUGUGUCAUGAUUUCUGGAUUCUGACUUCAUUUCUGGUUCAUACUCAUAAGGGAUAAACAAUCUGUAGUUGAUCUUGUGAAGAAGUAUCUCAUGGCUUUGCAUUGGGAAGCAGUUGAUUAGCUCACUAAAAAUCUGCCACUCAAAAACUACUUUGCAAAGGAACAAAAUAAAUUAGUCUAGCGUCCUAAAAUUCACCGGGUAACAUGCAGCCGUCCAAAUAUCUAUGGUGAACUCCUAAAAAUGUAUUCUACAACUCGAGAUCCAUCUUUUUGCAAGCCCACUUUUUAUGUUUGACCAUGAUUUGUUUUCCUAAAGGAAUUAUGCACAUGGGAUGAUGAUAAAACUUCAUUCUCUUUGUAUGUUGAUAUAUCCCAAAAGAUUGAGAAUCGUCAAGAGACUAAAGUCAGUCAGUGGCAUCAAUAUAACAAUAUGAUGACAUUUACACACAGAGAACAACAUUCAGUCAAUAUCCUUUAUGACCAAGAUAAAUCCAAGUUUAUGGAUUGGAUGGAGAAUAACAAACUUACAUUCAGAAGGUGUAAAUCUAAAGUCUUCAUAUUGCUGUGCCGUUCGUAACUUUGUUUGGGAUCCAAAAACUAAAACAUGAAAACCGAAUUUAAA